AAAAGCAGUAAGUAUAAGUCUACUGUGGAGAGCGAAGAAGCUUGUCGGUCGCGCGCGCGAUGCCUCGAAGGAGAAGCGGACGCCGUGAAGAGUUUUAGCAGCCCGACGUGUGUGUAUCACAACAAACCGUCGCGGCUGAAGCCGGUGUAUUUAGCUCUUCUCCGUGAAUGCGAGAGAGCUUUGUUUUAGAUAUAACACGACAAGAUUAUUGUGGCGCUUGUUCGUCGUGCUGCAGAAGACGUGAUGGAUUCGUUGCUGCCCUCGGAGAUCGCGAGACUUGUCCUCGGAUAUCUCCAGGAACAAAAAUGCGAGGGUGCAGCAAAGACUUUCUUAGAGACUUCUCCACUUCUGCAAGAAUGUCACUUAGUUGCACAAAGAGGUGGGAAAUACAGCACAAAAGUGGGCGGAUUAAAUUUAAUGGACAUCUUGGAAAAAUACUGCGCUGUCAAUGCUAUGGUCCAAGAAAAAUUAAGCAGGGUUACGGAUAAUGAAACUUUGAGGCACUCUAAUGAUCUCUUAGACCAACUCAGAUACCUUUUAGAUGGCUCUUCUUCGUCAAGAGGACACCGUUUUGUUGUAAAUAUAAGCGUUCCAUCCCAGAGUUCUCCAUCAGGGCCAUUAAGGUCUCCAAUCAUAUCAGGUAGCAAUAGAAAAAGGCAUCACAGCAGUAGUGAGCGAGGGAAACGUAUUUCAAGAACACUGUCCAAUAUGAUGGACAAGAAUGCACAAAAUACUGUUACACAAAGUUGUGAUACUGUUGAAGCAACACCCCUUGAGAGCCUCCCAGGUCAUAAAGCUUCAACAAAACAAAAUGACUUGGAAAACCAGAUUAACACAAAUGAUAAAUACUUUAACAAAAUUGAUCCCAUGAUACCUGCACCAAAAAUACCCCGAUUUGAUGUUCCUUCUUCCUCAACAACUAACACGCAACCUGUAGAGCCAAGCUUAGGAUUAUCUAGUAAAAUAAAUGUACAUAGUAAUUAUAAGGACCAAGGCACCGAAGCUAUACCAAUAAUUGAACCUUUGCAACCAGUGCAAACUCCAAGCAAAUGUACAUCAGGAACAAACACAGAUGAACUGAUGAAUUACUGCACGGCAGAAGUUCAAACUGGGCCUUGUGAUAUUAUAGAAUCGGAAUCUGACAUUAAUGAUGAACCCAUAGAAAAUUUGAGUAUGUUGACAAAAAAGUUGUUGCAACGCACUGAAUUACACAAGCGAAUAGCUGAAAAUAUCAAUAAAGCAAUCAUGCCAGUUGAAACGCCUCUUCGCGAGGAUAACGUAUGUGAGCAUCCAACUGAAGCUAAUCUGUCAUUAUUAAAUGACUUCGAUACUACUAUUAAAUCAAUAGUUCAAGCGACGGAAACCGAUCCAGUAUUUGAAGAUUUUUUAAAUGAAAUAUUCAAAGUAGGCGAAACUGAUACAAGUCCAGAUGAGGAUUCUGAUGGCAAAAAUAAUAAAAUAUCAAAUAACGAAAACUAUCCUCAGAAUACUGACAUGAUAGGGACUGAUCACAAUUGUGAAGUAAUGGAACCAAUAAAACUAAAUGAACAGAAGACUGAUGGCUCUGAAGUUCCACUAAAACAAAGGUUACGCAGUUCUUUCCGAUCUCAAAAUACUAAUAUUGACGAAGAAGACAAAGACACUAAUAGCCUACUGGAGAACCAAAAUGCAGAAGCCAUCAUGAGUAUAGUCAAUGUUGUAACCAGCAAAAGAAACUCUUUAGCAAGCAGCGAAGAAUUUAACGGAGAAUUUCUUUCUAUUGAGCCAGUACCCGAAAAUCCAGUGGUCCAUGAACCACAGCCAGAAGCGAUAGUGGAGCCAGAGGUUAAAAAAUCAGAAGACAAAAUCAAACCUUCAAAGUCGACAACAAAGAAGACGAAAAAGCCAAAGCCACCUAAACCAAUACCAGAGCCUCCAGAAGUCGUACCAACAUUGAUUCUAUGCUCUGAAAAAGAUGUUGAAUCGUUGAUGCACCAAUCCCAAAGUUACAUGCCGAUUGCUCCAAAGCCAGACGAGGCUACUCCGCCAAUUGCUGAGUCCGCGCCGAAGAUCUACCUGCGUACAGUGAAUGUACCUCGUCAUCUGAUCAACCCUACUGCGAUUGAGCUUUCAAAAGCAGCAAACCCGCAAAUCCUUCAAAUGCUACAACAACAGGUUGGCAGCCCACAGAAAGCAGUAGGAGAUGGUGGACCGAUUGUAAGCAGUGCUACAAGCGAUCAGAUUGUCGUGCCUAUCGCUGUUACAGAUGAGAAACACCGCGCCAAGGAUGGUGAUUGUACAACAGCAACAUCAGCAGUACCUGCCGGUUGUGUUCCAGGAUCUUCCGAAUCUAUCACCCUUUAUGGAGGAGCCGGUGACGCCACUGAAAUGAAAGUAUCGCCGAUUUCAAGCAUGCCGAUCAUCAGCCUCGACGAUUCAACAAUUGGCCUGACUGCGGGCACCGGACUUUCGCCGUAUUUUAAAGAUCAUAUAAUUGGGGGUGACUCGAUUGAGGCUGACUCGACAAAGAAGGACGAAGAGAUGGAGGCUGAGCAGGUAGAAGUGCAAGAUUCGGCAAAGGAGUCGGAAAAUCCAAAGAUCACUGCAAAUACGACUGCGGAUACCGAGGAUGACUGUCCAGAGCCUGUGGUUCUACAAGUCGAGCCAGAUGAGGAAGAACUAGCGGCAAAUGCAUUGGAAGAAAAGCCAGAGGAGAAGCAGGGAAGCGUGAAGUCAGACAAUGUGAUAACUACCGAAAUUAUCGCUAAACACACCCCUAGAACACUUCUAAGAUCUCGUGCAAAGAACAAUCGAUUAAGUCUCUCGACCCCUCGCCGUCGCAAUAGUCACGUUCGUGCUUUAGAUUUCAAUACACCUAUGAAACACGGCACAGCAAGAAAAGUUCCGCAGUCUUGUACCAGGUCCAAGUCCGUCUGCCGUGCUGGUCUCUUUAAGUCGCCUCCAUUUACCGGUGCUACUCCCAAUGUCAACAUCAACCUCCUGCCUGAACUUCAACCUAUCGUGAAGAAAGUAAGGACAAUCGCUCCGAUGAAUCCAAUAAUCUACCCACAAGUACCCAUAGCCACGAGAAGUCCAGCACCAAAGCUUCAGGGUAACUGGGCAAAAUAUACGGGCAUUGGCAUGAUCCUGGGUGAGACGUCAACGAGCGAAAGCUCGCCCGAAAAAACACCACAGCAAGAGACGGCCGCUAAAAUUCCAGCACCUAUUCCUGAACUAGCAGAGGAAUCCAUAGAGGAAGUUCCCGAGAAAAAAGCACAAGAUUUAUGUGUAAAUAACGUUGAAAAGCCGAUUAGCGAAAAGAAGAGCUGGGACAGUGAUUUGAGGAGAAUCGUCGGUGCUCAGGUGAUCGAGGAGGAAAGCAAGUCAAGAACAAGAAAGUUUAGAAGAGCUUCUAUUAGAAAAAAAGGAUCAUCUGCAUCAAAGGCGACUAAAAGCGAUGCGCCUGGUGAUGGUGAUGCCAAGGAUAAGACACAGGACCAAAAGACAACUAAGGAUAACAAAAAAACCGAACCGGAUAGUAAAAAUGCCAAAACUACUGAUGACGAUAACGCGAAUGAACCCAUCGAUAAAAUUAAUACCAGCGUUGAAGUUGGAACUGAAACAGCUCAUAAAACUGAGAUCACACCGCCAAGCGCUCUUCCUGUCAGCAAGAAGCCUCAUCUCGAAGGGCUAAGUGUUUCCAAAUCGAACGUCGAGAACGACAAAAACGUCAAAAACUCCACCAUUCCGAAGAACUCUCCCGUAAAUGUAACGAUAACCCGAUUUCCAGACAUGCUAGAUUUGGAGACGCCGCGCAAGACCGAGGUCACGAUCUACGUGCCGCCGACUCCGCGUUUACUCGUCACUCCAGGUGAUGGGCUAAAAAUUAAUAAGUCGAAGGUAGAUUUAAAAAUCAAGGACUGCGUGGAUACGCCAGAUUUUCCGAAGACCCCGUGUAUAGUCGUUACGCCCAAGAUUGUGGAAGAAGAAGACAACGAUAAGAAGCCUUCACCAUACUAUGAGCCGGAAGACGAGCAGCCAGCGAAGUUCAAAGAAAUCGUUACUGAGAAAGUAGUGAUGCAGGUGCAGGAGACGACGACAGUAACGAUCCAAAAGAACGUUAUAGAGCUUCAGGAGAAUAAGUCUAUAGAGAUCACAGAGUACGGUGUCAUAGAAGAAAACAUGAAUCAAAAAGACCAAGAUGAGCAAACAAAAUCUGAGGAUAACUCUAAGGAAAUCGUAGAAGAAACAAGUAUCGAGGAGGCAAACGUCAGUGCAAACUCUAGUGCAAAUUCUUACUCGGACAGCGACGACGACUCUUCUGACUCCGAUAGCUCAAGUAGCUCCUCGUCAUCUAAUAGCUCGACUUCCUCAACUUCGAGUAAUUCUAGCGGCGAGUCGUCUCCUACAAAGUCGGUUAUCCGAGAAGCUACCGAGGUAGCUUCCCAAAUUAGCCCUGAGUCGUCACCCACUAAGUCGGUUAUCAAGGAAGCUACCGAAACAGUUGCCCAAAUUGAUCCAGCGUCAUCGCCUAUCAAGUCGAUUAUUCAAGAGCCUACUGAAGCAGCUAUUCAAAGUAGCCCUGAGUUGUCACCUAAUAAAUCGAUUAACCAGGAGACCACUGAUGUUACUUCUCAAAGUUUUCGGAAGGACUUCUCAAUGACUGAAUCCGAAAUAAAUAGUCCAGAGCGUCUAAUGCAAAAUUUCUCUAAUAUCGGCCAAGAGGAGCUGGACCGACUGGAAGCGAUAAGUCGAGAAAACUCACCAACAAAGGUAUUUUCGGUAACUAAAGAACCCUCGGAUGACGAGGUGAAAGAGACACCUGCAAAACAAGAGAACAUGAUCGAGGCAGUGAUAGGAGAUACUCCUAGUGUCACAGACGCGGAGCGUGCGCUCAGGAGAGACUCACUGACAAAUCUUACUUCAAAGAUUUCUGCCAUCAUCACUACCUCCCAAAGCGACCGGUCGUUAGCUACCUCUAGUGCGGCUACAUCAGAAGAAUCGUGCGUCACAUCUACAGGAAAAUCCGGACUGAAGAUUAAAAGUAUAGAGAAUGUAGCGCCAAACGAUUUGACGAAGAAGGUGUCGGAAAUGUUGCAUUUGGAAAUACAAAAGAAUCAGAGAUUGGCGAUAUCUCAGCGAAAAGCAGUAGUGAAUAAUAUCGUGAUUGAUGCGAAGCUAAGUCAACAGCUUGAAGAGAAGCGCUUGAGGAUGCUAGCGAAAUUAAAUGGACAGAAAAGUCCUAAAGUGACUGGAAAAGGGAAAAAACUCAUUGCGACGAAGAAAAGCGCAGAAACGGAAAAAUUCGUAUCGUCAACGACGGAUAAUCGGAAAGAUAAAACUAAGCAACAAAUAGAAAGCGAUAAAUUAGUUUAUAAUAGUGCGAAAAAUGUGGAAAAGAGCAAAUCGGGCAAUGUUAAAUUAGCAGAUAAGAAGACCGAGGAGGCGAAAGAAUCGAGAAAGGGUAAAAGUAAAGCGAGCCUGAAGAAAAAGACUGCUCAGAACGAUCAACUUAGUAAGACUGAAGUAGCAAACAAUGAGGCCAAUCUUAAGAAAGCAGAAAAGGGAGCGAUGAAAAGCACAGCCAAAGAAACAUCAGUAACAGCUACGACGAUCACUAUCACCGCAGAGAACGUCAAACAAAUAUCUAAAUCGAAGGUAGACCAGGUGAAACGCGACUUGUUCAGCGACGAGGAAAUCAAUGAUCAGCGUACGACCAGAUCUCAAACGGCUCGACGAACUACCAGCGACGGUCAGAAGAAUAGUAACGCGGGUGAUCGUCACGACGCAAAUGCGCCGUUUAACAACUCGAAGGAAGAACUUCCCGGUGUUCUAGAAUGCUUGCAAUUGAUUCCAGCCAACAAGAGCGAUCAUGAAUCUGGUAACCAUGAUCUUGGUAACGAAACCUUUGACAACUGUGGCCCGAGCAACAGCCAAUCGAAUGUUCAAGACAUAUCGAUUGUGUAUGACGAAUCAGUACCAAUCAAGAAAAGAAAACGACAAUACAGCACUGGAGAUUUGGAAACCACGUACAGUUUCACCUUUCCGGAGGAGGGUAUAACGCAAAUUCUUACACUCACAGAAUGUUCAGAGCUGUUCAAGAUGACGCCAAAGUACGGGAAGCCAAAAGCAACGUCGAGCCCGAAAAAGUCACCUACGAAGGUAAAAAAAAGUAAUAUUAAAAUUCUUGAAAAACCACCAAUGCCGACUUCAGCGUUGAAUGCUAGAGUUGGAAAGCUUGACGAGAGAAAGAAAAAAGUUUGCAAGAGAAAAACAACGCCCAUUAAGGAAGACCAAGUGGUCGAAAAGAAAACAAAAGUAGAUCCACAGGCCCUAUUUAAAAAGAUUAAGGUAGACGAAUUUUUAAAAUUAGUACACGAAUAAGAAUGCAACGACUUCUUAGAACUUUAAAUACUGCAAAUAUGUAUAUUCUCAACACAUGUAAAUAGCCUUGUACAUACAUAAUUCUUUGACGAUUCAACAGAUAGCGGUUGUUAUUUAUUCCUAAAAAAUAGUGUCAUAAAUAUAUAUUUAAAUAUAUAUUUUUUAUACAAAAAGUGAGAACCUGUAAAACAGAUUUUUUAUUGUAUAUGUACUACGUCUCUAACUUUAAUUACGAGAUUAAAUAAUUUUAUUUUAAGUGUAACGUUCUUUGAUAACAUUUUUUUAGUGACUUUAAAAAUAAAAACCUUUAUAAUUUUAA